ACAAAUGAAAACUCCCCCUCAACGGCUACCCUAUAUUACAUCAGAAAAUUGUGAAAAAUAUGGAAACAAAAUAUAAGAACGAGCGGUUGAAGCUUCGAUUUCCUUAUCAAACAAUACAUAACCCACCACUUCUCAUCCGAAGUCAAGCAAGCAAGCAAGCAAUACCAACUUUUCCUCUUUCUUCUUUUUCUUUUUCUUCACGUACAUCUCUCUCCCCCUCUUUUCUCUCUCUAAAAUCUAGGUUGUUGAAGAUAAAGUUGUUGGGUAUCUUCUUCAUCUGCCUUCACUUCUUCUAUACGUAGCCUUGAGAGUAUCCUCAUUUUCUCAUACCACACAAUAUUACAAUCUCACUUUCAGCCAAAACCCUUCUCUUCAAAUUUGUUUUUGUUGGUUUUGAGCAACAAACUUCGAACUCAAAUGUCAAAACCAUGAAUUUAUUAGUCACUUUGGCAAGCACUCUGUGAAGGGUGUGAUGGAACAAACUUUCUCCAUCCAAUUGCCUGUUUCACAUGGUCAUAUCAUAACCUGUCAUUUCAAUUAUUAAACACAGAGAAGGAGAGAUCUAUUCAAGCGUAUAGAGCCAUUAUGCCUUUCGGUUUGGUAUCAGCGUGGAAUAAGCGUCGGAGAAGCAAGUCCAAUGAUCACACAGACCCUUGGGUUUAUAAGCCUGUCGAGUUUUGGCAGCUUGAAGAUCAAACUCCACAACCCACAAAAAGGCACCAUGGAUCAUCUGUUUUCACACUCAAGGAAAUGGAAGAGGCAACAGGUUCAUUCAGUGAUGAGAAUUUGGUGGGGAAAGGAGGAUUUGGACGAGUUUACAGGGGAACUUUGCGAUCGGGAGAGAUUGUAGCAAUCAAGAAAAUGGAGCUACCACCGUUUAAGGAAGCUGAGGGCGAACGAGAAUUCCGUGUUGAAGUUGAUAUCUUGACCAGACUUGAGCACCCAAAUCUUGUUUCAUUGAUAGGCUACUGUGCCGAUGGGAAGCACCGGUUCCUAGUCUAUGAAUAUAUGCAAAAGGGAAACUUGCAAGAUCACUUGAACGGAAUUGGGGAAUCAAAAAUGGAUUGGCCUCUAAGGCUCAGAGUGGCCCUUGGAGCAGCAAAGGGACUUGCUUAUCUCCAUUCAAGUUCUUCUGUGGGGAUUCCUAUUGUGCACAGAGAUUUCAAAUCCACCAAUGUUCUUUUGAAUACCAAUUUUCAAGCAAAGAUAUCUGAUUUUGGACUUGCCAAGUUAAUGCCAGAGGGUCAGGAAAGCUAUGUCACUGCUAGAGUACAGGGUACAUUUGGCUACUUUGAUCCCGAGUAUACAUCAACAGGGAAGCUCACUUUACAAAGUGAUGUUUAUGCAUUUGGAGUAGUUCUUCUUGAACUUUUGACUGGACGCCGAGCAGUGGAUCUGAACCAGGGACCAAAUGAUCAAAACCUGGUACUACAGGUAAGGCACAUAUUGAAUGACAAGAAGAAGCUGCGAAAGGUUAUCGAUCCAGAACUGGGACGUAAUUCAUACACUAUGGAGUCUAUAAUCAUGUUUGCCAAUUUGGCAUCACGGUGUGUGCGUAGUGAGAGUAGCGAGAGACCCUCCAUGGAAGAAUGUGUAAAAGAGCUCCAACUGAUUAUCUAUACAAAUUCAAAAGGAUUGGGAGUUGCACUGCCUACUUUUAGAAAGGCCUAAUAUGCAAUUGCUCUGACUGCCAGAUGGAAACUGUUCAUAUCAUAAUAAAUAUGUUUUGCCUCUUCCAAUAAGGAUCUCUUGAAUGUUGGACCCAUAAUUUUAAGAGUCUGACUGUAAACAGAAAUUGAUAAAGGAUCACAGAUAAGCAUUUGACAGAUCAUAUACACAACAAGACAAUGAGAGUGAGAUAAAAAAUGAAUUUGAAAUUUGUUGUAUAAUAUCAAGAAACCUAGAAAGUCAAUCAUUUAUGAAUGACGUCUGAGAUAAGAUGGGAUCGUGUCCUAGCAUAUUCAGUUCUUUUCUAUUAUCACAAUUUUGAUUUGGAAUGUUUAUCUUAUCAGCAAUUAAUUCCUCUAAGUCAUACACUGUUGAAUGUUUAUCUUAUCAGCAAUUAAUUCCUCUAAGUCAUACAUUGUUGAAUUGUACCUUAAAUAAAGCUAGAAGUCAGUGCAUCUAUGUCUUACGCACAUCCGCUUUGAGUUUCACAAAACAAGGUGGAAAGAAAUUAUAUGACCAUCUCAUAUUUCUCACUAUCCCUUGGAACCCCUAAUUGGGUUUAUUCAAGCAACAAGUACUGCCUGGAGUAUACAUCCAAGAAACAGAAACAAUCAAAGACUUCUAAGCCCGUUUCAGUCCAUUGAAAGUCAAUUUUACUAUAGAUACAGAUGCAGGAAAUAAAAGGGUGGAAUAUAGAUGAAUAUAUAACCAAAAACUUCAAUUCACAUUCUAGUUGCAAUUUAUAGAAACAUGUCAACAAGAAAUAGACAGGCAGGUCAAUGAAUUUCACAUUCUUCUGAAUUACAUGAAAUAAGCAGAUUUAACCACUAUAAGUUGUAGAAGAUAAUCAGUAAUAAAUUCAAAUUCAGACUAGAAGCUGUAUAUUAUUGAAGUAUGGAAAAAGAAUUUACAUAUAUUAAAAAUUAAACAUAUACAAAGUAACUCACAUAUUUCAAAACUGGAGUCUAGAAGAUUAUAGAAGCUGUGCAUUUGUAACCGUAUCAGGAGUAAUGGUCACAUGUGAGAAAUGAAAAUGCCUGAGGAGAUUACCUGCAAAACACAGGUCUCUACCUUUUAAAUAAUAGAUACAACCAACGGUUGCUGGAACAUCAGAUUGACCUCCUAUUCAAAAGUCAAUCUAGCUGGAUGAUCCUCACAACCUUGCUGGAUAAAUCCU